GCAAGAUCGUCACUCUCUUCUACCUCGAUUGAUUCCACUAUCUUCUUCUGGUAACCCAGAGAAGAUACAAGUCUCGAUGUAAAUGGGUUAUGAUGUGGUGGCUAUGGCCUGCGCUGAUCGUUAUGUAGUUGGACUGGAUAUAUCAAAAACUGUGGUUGAGCAAUCAUCAAAGAGAUUUUCCUCUCUGCCCAAUGCAAAAUACUUCUCCCUCAUGAGUGAAGACUUUUUCACUUGGGAGCCAGUUGAAAAAUUUGAUCUCAUUUUCGACUAUACAUAUGUUUUCUUCUGUGCCUUUGAACCUAGCAUGAGACCUCUAUGGGCACAGCGAAUGGAAAAACUUCUGAAACCAGAUGGAGAGCUUAUAACAUUGAUGUUUCCUAUGGAUGAGCGUUCUGGAUGUGCUCCUUACAAAGUAUCUGUGUCUGAAUACGAGAAUGUUUUGAUUCCUUUGGGGUUUGAGGAAAUCUCCAUUGCUGAUAACGAACUUGCUGUAACAACACGCAAGGGAUUAGAGAAGAUUGGAAGAUGGAGGAAGAAGAAGACAUCUUUGGCGUUCACUCCACCUUGUGAUAUGUGAUGAUGCGUUGUUGAUCAUUAAAUAAGCUUAUACUAAGCUUCUAUCUAUGUAAGUUUUGUGAUUCUCUCACUGGUAAUAAAUAUCUG